UUUAGGUUGCACGUCAGGAGCCAGGACAGAUGUGCAUGUGCUUUCGGCGAAAAAUUUGUGAUUUAUAAUUAAUUUUUAGUAUUAGUUUAUUGUAGAAUUAUUAAAGCAUUCUAAAAACAUGUCCCAUUUAAGCGAAAAGAUCUUGAAGUAUUUGUCAGAGAAUGACACUGUUAACACUCUUACUCUAGCAAAACUGUUUAACGAAGAUCAUCAGAAAAUAAUAGGGGCUUUAAAAAGUAUACAAGCUAAUGGAGAUCUUGUUACAGCCGACCAAAAGGCAGAAAAAGCAAUUGAAGUUACUGAUGAAGGAAAGCACAUUUCUGAAAAUGGAAGCCACGAGGCUACCAUUUAUAAAGCCGUUCCUGAUAGUGGAAUAGCACAGGCAGAUUUAAUGAAACUACCUAAUGCCAAGGUAGGUUUCAGUAAAGCUAUGUCAGCUGGAUGGAUAACGUUAGACAAAACAUGUACCCCACCACUCGUUCGACGAAAAGUGCCUGAAAUUACAGAUAUCGUUCAAGACCACCUGAAACAAGUAAUCCUUGGUGACUCUUCCAAGAUAUCAGAUAAAGAAAAACAGGAUUACAAAAAACGAAAACUCAUUCAGGAAGUCGUCAUUAAGAGUUUCGAUUUAAAAAAGGGUCCUGAAUUUAGCUUGAGCCUUACUAAGCUAGAAACAGAUUUAACGACUGAAAUGCUGAAUUCGGGGAGUUGGAAAAACCUUAAAUUUAAAGAAUACAACUUCGACGCCUUGGGUGUUCCACCGGAAUGCGGAUAUUUACAUCCUCUAUUAAAGGUCAGGUCAGAGUUUCGUCAAAUUUUCUUAGAAAUGGGUUUCUGCGAGAUGCCUACGAAUAAUUAUAUAGAGAACUCCUUCUGGAACUUCGAUGCCCUCUUUCAACCUCAGCAGCAUCCUGCUCGCGAUGCACACGACACAUUCUUCAUUUCCGAUCCGAAAACUAGCAACAAGUUCCCAAUGGAUUACUUGGAGCGAGUUAAAAGGGUCCACAGUAAAGGCGGAUACGGUUCUCAAGGUUAUGGAUACGAUUGGAAAAUCGAAGAGGCUCAGAAAAAUUUACUAAGGACUCACACAACUGCCGUAAGUGCAAGAAUGUUGUAUAAAGUAGCUCAGCAGAAGGAGUUUAGACCAAUAAAGUUGUUCAGUAUUGAUAAGGUUUUCCGAAACGAAACUUUAGACGCCACGCACUUGGCCGAAUUCCACCAAGUUGAAGGGGUCAUAGCAGAUUUCAACUUAAACUUGGGCGACUUGAUUGGAGUAUUCGCAGAGUUUUUCAGGAAGUUAGGUAUUACACAACUGGAUUUCAAACCAGCUUACAACCCAUACACCGAACCCAGCAUGGAAAUCUUCUGUUUCCAUCCAGGAUUAAAAAAAUGGAUAGAGAUUGGUAACUCGGGCAUAUUCCGUCCAGAAAUGUUACUGCCUAUGGGACUGCCCGAGGAUGUAUGCGUAAUCGCCUGGGGAUUGUCCCUUGAAAGGCCAACCAUGAUCAAGUACGGAUUUAACAACAUAAGGGAUCUCGUCGGCCCUAAGGUCGACUUGGAAAUGGUCCAGAAAAGCCCCAUUUGUAGAUUGAGCAAGUGAAUUAAAGAUUUGACUAAAUAAUUGAAAAUUAAAGAUCGAGUAUUAAUAAAUAAUAAUUUUUAUUUAUAAAUAUUUUCAGUCAAUA